GGGAGAGAGAGGAGGGGGCGGAGCCAGCGCUGCUCCUGCCGCCUGGGAUUGAUGGAUGAGUUGCUCCUUGGGCGAGGAGGGUGUCUUGGAGAGAGAGACAGAGAGACAGAGAGAGCGGCGGAGAGAAGAAGGGAAGAAGCGAGGCAGCGGUGUGCCAGGGGCUGCUUCCUCCUUGCCUUGCUCUUCUUCUCCUCCUUCUCCUUCGUGACCCCCUUCUCCGCCAAGGGGGAGACCAUGCUGGGGGCAGCCCCUCGCUAGAGCCCGGCAGCAUGGCUCCGAGGAAGCGGGCGGCGGCGGCGGCGCGGUGGGCUCUGCUGCUGCUUGCCUCCUGGGCGGCCCUUGGCGUCUCCGGGGCCGGCGCCUGUCCCGCCUUGUGCGCCUGCAGCGGCACCACCGUCGACUGCCACGGGCUGGGGCUCCGCGCCGUCCCCAAGAACAUCCCCCGCGGCGCAGAGAGGCUGGAGCUGAAUGGAAACAACAUCACCCGCAUCAACAAACAUGACUUUGCUGGACUGAAGCAGUUGCGAGUUUUGCAGCUGAUGGAAAACCAGAUCAGUGUGGUGGAGCGAGGGGUGUUCGACGACAUGAAGGAGCUCGAGCGACUACGCCUGAAUCGGAACCAGCUGCACACAUUGCCAGAGCUGUUGUUCCAGAAUAACCAGGCGUUGUCUCGACUGGACCUGAGUGAGAACCUCCUCCAAGCUGUGCCCAGGAAGGCAUUCCGUGGAGCUACUGACCUCAAGAACCUGCAACUGGAUAAGAACCACAUAAGUUGCAUUGAAGAAGGCGCUUUCCGUGCUCUUCGAGGCUUGGAAGUUUUGACCUUGAACAACAAUAACAUCACCACCAUCCCUAUCUCCAGCUUCAACCACAUGCCCAAACUGCGCACCUUCCGCUUGCAUUCCAACCAGCUAUUCUGUGAUUGCCAUUUGGGUUGGCUUUCCCAGUGGCUGCGCCAGCGGCCAACCAUCGGGCUCUUCACUCAGUGUGCUGGUCCUCCUGCUUUACGUGGCCUCAACGUUGCAGAAAUCCAGAAGAAUGAAUUCACCUGCACAGGCCAGGAUGAUGCUAACAGGGCCCAAAUCUGCAGUUUUUCAUCCGGUUCCUGCCCUGCCAUGUGCACCUGCAGCAAUGGCAUUGUGGACUGUCGGGGAAAGGGGCUGAUAGCCAUCCCUGCCAACUUGCCUGAGACCAUGACUGAGAUACGUUUGGAGCUGAACGGCAUCAAAUCUAUCCCUCCUGGAGCUUUCUCAUCGUACAAGAAGCUGCGCAGGAUAGACCUGAGCAACAACCAGAUCUCAGAACUUGCACCUGAUGCUUUCCAAGGCCUGCGCUCACUCAACUCUUUAGUCUUGUAUGGGAACAAGAUCACAGAGCUCCCUAAAGGGGUAUUUGGAGGCCUGUAUGCACUGCAGCUGUUGCUCCUCAAUGCCAACAAGAUUAACUGCAUCCGGGCAGAUACCUUUGCUGAUCUACAGAACCUGUCACUGCUCUCGCUCUAUGACAACAAGAUCCAGACCCUGGCCAAGGGCACCUUUACCACAUUGCGUGCCAUCCAGACCCUCCAUCUGGCCCAGAAUCCUUUUAUCUGCGACUGCAACCUGAAGUGGCUGGCAGACUUCUUGCGUGCCAAUCCCAUUGAGACAAGUGGCGCUCGCUGUGCCAGCCCCCGCCGCCUGGCAAACAAGCGCAUCGGACAGAUCAAGAGCAAGAAAUUCCGUUGCUCCCCCAAGGAGCAGUACUUCAUCCCAGGUACGGAGGAUUAUCAGUUGAACAGUGAAUGCCACAGUGAUGUGGUCUGCCCACCCAAGUGCCGUUGUGAAGCCAAUGUGGUGGAGUGUUCCAACCUGAAACUGACAAAGAUCCCAGAGCGCCUCCCACAGGCCACUGCUGAAUUGCGCCUGAACAACAAUGAGAUUACAGUGCUGGAAGCUACAGGAAUUUUUAAGAAGCUCCCACACUUAAAGAAAAUAAAUCUGAGCAACAACAAAGUGUCUGAGAUUGAGGAUGGGGCCUUCGAAGGGGCUGCCUCUGUCAGCGAGUUACACCUGACAGCUAACCAACUGGAUUCAGUGCGCAGCUCCAUGUUCCGGGGUCUUGAGGGGCUUCGGACACUGAUGCUGAGGAACAACCGCAUCAACUGCAUCCACAACGACAGCUUCACAGGGCUGCGGAAUGUGCGCCUUCUCUCCUUGUAUGACAAUCAGAUCAGCACUAUUUCACCCGGUGCCUUUGACACGCUGCAAUCCCUCUCUACUCUGAACCUGCUGGCAAACCCUUUCAAUUGCAAUUGCCGCUUGGCCUGGUUGGGCGACUGGCUUCGCAAGAGGAAGAUUGUGACGGGGAACCCACGCUGCCACAAUCCUGAUUUCUUGCGCCAAAUCCCACUGCAAGAUGUUGCCUUCCCCGACUUCAGGUGUGAGGAAGGCCAGGAGGAGACCAGCUGUUUCCCACGCCCUCAAUGCCCACAAGAGUGCACUUGUUUAGACACUGUUGUCCGCUGCAGCAACAAGCACCUGAAAGCCCUCCCCAAAGGGAUACCCAAGAACGUCACUGAACUCUACCUUGAUGGCAACCAAUUCACCUUGGUCCCUGGACAGCUCUCCACUUUCCGUUAUCUUCAGCUGGUGGAUCUCAGCAACAACAAGAUCAGCUCUCUGAGCAACUCAUCUUUCACCAACAUGAGCCAGCUCACCACCUUGAUUCUCAGCUACAAUGCACUGCAGUGUAUCCCACCACUGGCCUUUGAGGGGCUCCGUUCGCUACGGCUGCUGUCUCUCCAUGGAAAUGAUGUCUCUAUGCUUCCGGAAGGAAUCUUUGCUGAUGUCACCUCUCUAUCUCACCUAGCCAUUGGUGCCAACCCCCUGUACUGUGAUUGUCACAUGCGCUGGCUCUCAGGUUGGGUCAAAACUGGCUACAAAGAGCCUGGCAUUGCCCGUUGUGCUGGCCCUACUGACAUGGAAGGUAAACUGCUGCUCACCACUCCAGCCAAAAAGUUUGAGUGCCAAGCCCCUCCCUCAGUAGCCAUCCAGGCCAAGUGCAACCCCUGCCUUUCCAGUCCCUGUCAAAACAAGGGCACCUGCCAGCAAGAUCCUCUGGAUUCCUACCACUGUGCCUGCCCCAGCAAGUACAAGGGAAGAAACUGUGAAGUCUCUGUUGACAGUUGCUCCAGCGGGCCCUGUGAGAAUGGUGGGACGUGCCAAUCCCACGAUGGAGCUGGAGUUGGCUUUAUGUGUUCCUGCAUAGAUGGAUUUGAAGGAGCAACCUGCAGUCUGAAGACCAGAAGCUGCAAUGACAGCAGCUGCAAGAACGGUGGCACCUGCAUUACUGGCACCUCCAAUUACACCUGCACCUGCCUUCCUUUCUACACAGGAACUUACUGUGAGCAGCUAGUGGAUGUCUGCUCCCCAGAGCUCAACCCUUGCCAGCACGGGGCCAUAUGCAGGACCUCCUCUGAUGGACCCAAGUGUGAGUGCAUGCCUGGCUAUAUGGGGGAUAACUGUAGCAUGGACUACGAUGAUUGCUUGGAUCACCGAUGCCAAAACAACGCCAAAUGCCUUGACGAGCCAAAUGGGUAUUCCUGCCUCUGUGCUGGAGGCUACAGUGGUCAGCUCUGUGAGAUACCACCCCAUCGCUCCCUCCAGCCUACCCCCUGUGAGAGGGCAGAAUGCCAGAAUGGUGCCAACUGUGUGGAGCUUGGCAGUCGUGCCUUAUGCCAGUGCCUCCCUGGCUUUGGAGGUCCCAAAUGUGAGAAGCUACUGAGUGUCAAUUUUGUGGACCGGGACACAUACCUACAGUUCACUGACCUGCAAAACUGGCCCAGUGCCAACAUCACCUUGCAGGUCUCUACAGCUGAAGAUAAUGGAAUCCUUUUGUAUAAUGGGGACACUGACCAUAUGGCAGUUGAGUUAUACCAAGGGCAUGUGCGUGUCAGCUAUGAUCCCGGCACUUACCCCAGUUCUGCUAUUUACAGUGCAGAGACCAUUAAUGAUGGACAGUUCCAUACAGUGGAACUGGUGACCUUUGAGCGGAUGGUGAAUCUCUCCAUUGAUGGAGGGGACCCCAUGACCAUGGAUGGCUUUGGCAAGGUCCACACACUGAACCCUGACGCUCCACUCUACGUUGGAGGGAUGCCUGUGGAUGUGAACUCUGCUGCCUUCCGCCUCUGGCAGAUCCUGAAUGGUUCCAGUUUCCACGGCUGUAUUCGCAACCUUUAUAUCAACAAUGAACUGCAGGAUUUCACCAAGACUCAGAUGAAGCCAGGUGUGGUGCCUGGCUGUGAGCCUUGUCGCAAGCUCUACUGUCUGCAUGGCAUUUGUCAACCCAACACCCCUCAUGGCCCUAUUUGCCAUUGUGAUCCAGGCUGGGUGGGACCCCAUUGUGACCAGCCCAUUAGCAACCCUUGCCAAGGGCACAAGUGUGUGCAUGGCAUUUGUGUACCCCUGGAUCCACUCUCCUAUAGCUGCCAGUGCCAUGAGGACUACAAGGGGGCCUUGUGCAACCAGCAAGGGGAGCUCCACAACCCUUGCAAGAAUUUGCAGUGUGUUCAUGGUCAGUGCCAGAUCUCAGACACAGGAGAAGCCUACUGUGAAUGCAACGGGGGAUUUGAUGGGGACCUCUGUGACCAAGAGUCAGAGUGUCGGGGUGAGGCCAUGCGUGAUUUCCACCAGGUCCAGCGUGGAUAUGCCAUCUGCCAGACCACUCGGCCUGUCUCAUGGGUGGAGUGCCGAGGAUCCUGCCCGGGACCAGGCUGCUGUGUAGGACUGCGUCUCAAGCGCAGGAAAUACACCUUUGAGUGCAGCGAUGGCUCUUCCUUUGUGGAGGAAGUGGAAAAACCCAGCAAAUGUGGCUGUUCCCAGUGCAUGUAGUCUCCGGCAAGGGACAGGCCAGAGACCAGUGGGCCAGGCCUGGCCUGACAGAGGCCUUGGGAACUUCUCCUCUUGCCCCUGUUGCUGGGAGGGGGGUGGGGUAGAGGCUCCAUUUGGCAGCUGAGCAGCUCUCUUUGGCUUGGCAACAGUGGCUCUUCUGGAUGGACCAGACAAAAGUGUAGAUAGAAGACUUUUGCUGGCAAAUCCAGCUGAACAGAUGUAUUUAUAUCCAGCACAGACUUUACCUGGGGCCACUGUUUGUACCCAGUAUGGAUUCUCAUCACUCUAGCCAUGCCUGUUUGUGAUGUCCUGAAAGGCCAUGCCUAGCCAAGCAUCAGGAUCCUGUCAUUUCAUGUCUUCUCAUUUUACCCGGUGUUGAAGCCUGCUACGUGCCUGCUUUCUUUUGUUAGCCAGCUCUGUGUUCUGUUUUUUUCCUGAGUAGCCACUCUAGCUUCUCUCCUUAUCCCCCUGCUCAUUGCCACCUCAUCUUCCAUUUAUGGGGUUCAAUUGCAAGCAAUUUAGAGACAAGAGGCAGCAGCCAUGGACAAGGGCAGACAAGGUCUUAUAGGACCAGAAUAAUUUGAAGAAGGAAGGGGUCUGCAUUUUUUACUGCUUCUUACAACUUAAUAGUCACUAAAUAGUAAGGUAUAAAAUCAGCUUAAUUUCGAGGCAUGCCAUGUUAGGAUCAUAUAUUGAGAACUACCUAGAAGGAAGUGAAGGUUGGCUAAGCCACUGGCAUUAGCAGGAAUAGACAUGCUUUGUCUAUGCUCACUUGUAUACAGUGGAUCUUACCUCCUGAGUAUUUGGUUGUAUGAAGAGUGGAGGAAGCUUGACUUUUUUCACAUUGCAACUGUUGGGUAUAGGACAUAGACUAGACCAAGCUCCCUGACUGUGAGUUAAAAUUUUGCAGUUUCUAUGAUGUGCAUUCAAGAACAGGAAGAAUUUAGUUUCUCUGGUUCCUUCUGUGUUCCCAUAACCAAUACUACGUAGCAUUCCACAUUAUAGAAUCAUUUUCUGUGUAAAAUGCCACCUGUUUGCUGAAACAAAAGGUCUGGAUAUUUGAGGAAGGUGGUUCUUUAAAUCAACAGCUGCCAACUCCAAGAUACUCAUAUCCAUACCCAUCACAGUCACUUUCAUCUGCCUUUUUAGAAGGGUAUAGGUAGGAGGAUGGAUAGCAUGUGUCUUUUGCACUCAACUGACAGUAGCGUUUUCCUCCCAAAAUGCAACAUCAUACACCAGGUCACCCAUAAUGUAGCCUUGCCCAUGCACAAUGGCGUGUAGUAAACAAAGCACUGCCCUCCAUGAAAUCUGAAGCACAGACUAUCAAGUAGGAACUUUAGACUCUGCCCAUCCAGGCCACAGGCGAAACUAGGUCUGUGCCAUGACAUCUAAGAAAACAAGGUGGCUCUCCAACAUCUAGGCAUUCAAAAUAAACUAACCCGACAGUG